AUGAUUAGAACUGGAAGUCGUUUCAUUUGUAAAGCUGUACAACAACGUUGUGCUACAGCUGUUGGAGGUGUAAGAUAUUUUGGAUCGGAUCACAAGCAACAACAACACUCUGAGGUCGAAGAGUUGUCAGCAGAGGACAAGAAGAAGUUGUUUGUCAGCCACGACGAUAUCGUUGCCGCCGACGAAUCGAUCGAAGCAAACGACAGAUACAAGCAAGACUCGACACUCUAUGCCGAGGAACUCGACGGUGCCUCGCUACAGGGUCGUUCGAUAUACGAUAGGCUGCGUGAUCGUGUCACCGGUGAAGUGACCACCCCACCAGGUUACCACCUCGACAACAUCAAAUAUCAAGUGAACUUGGAGAAACCAGCAAUCGAAUUCGAAUCUGAGGAAGAUAUGCUCAAACACACUGACAAAUACGGUCUAUUCGAUAAACACGACGAUCAUCACGACGAUCACCACGACGAUCAUCACAAGGAAAAGUCAUCCGAUCACCACAAUGAUCAUCACGAAGAGGAUCAUCACGACGAUCAUCACGAUGAUCACCACCAUCAACAACAAGAAGAAACAUACACCAGAGGUUUCUUUUUAAAUAGAGAUGGUAAAGGAGGAGUAGAUUUCAAUACACCAUUCUUUUUGAUGUUUGCAGCAGUGCCAAUUUACUAUCUAUACUCGAAUUUCAGCGACAAAUACAAACCACAUGAAACUAAAAAGAGCAUAAUACAACAACAACAACAACAACAACAACAUAAAUAUAGAAAUAUCGACCGACUCUUUCAACUUCAACAUUCAACUACUACAACUAUAAUAAUAACUAAACUAGGUAAUAGCAGUAUUAUUAUUUCAGUAAUAAUGAGCAGUUUUGAAACAGUCAAUCGAGACAACAAGAAUAACCAACACCACCACAGCACCAAUACAUCCACCAAAUCAUCAUCGCAAUCAUACCAAAUUAAAUCACCAACACAACAGCAACAGCAACAACAACAACAAGUUGAAUCAAAUGGUAAUUCAAAUGUCAAUAAAAAUUAUAUAUCAUGCAGUCCAGAUUUGAAUCCGGUACAUCCAGCUGUUAAAUCGAUAUACGGUGGACAAUCAUUGUUGUCUAGUUCACUUAAAUCACAUGGAUUCUAUCAUAAAGACCAAUCAUUAUCAUCGACACAAUCGUCACCAUCACAGUUAUCGUCGUCACACGAGGAUCGGAGUGAACUCAAAGAGUCAGUCUCACUUCCACAGUCUUUCAAAUCGUCGACCAUCAACCAAAAUGAAGUCAAAAAUAUACUAUCGAAUCAUAUCGAUUCAAGAGAAAAAGAAAUCGAAAGAUUAACAAGAAUAGCUGAAAAAGAUAAAUUAGAUUCAAUCAAUUAUUUAAAUCAUAUAAAAGGACACAAAAAAACAUUAAGUGGAUAUAUUAGAGAUUUUUAUGGCGAUGGUGAUAAUAGUGAGAGAAAAGAACAUAUUGAAAAGUCAGCGGUUUUAAGUGCCAUAGAGGGAACGGUUCCCAAUUCACCGUUUCUACCGAAUUCACCGGUUUCUUAUGUACAUUCACCUACGUUGGUCAAUUCAUCGAGUACGGUGGUGCCGUCACCCAUUUUGAAUGACCGAGCGACUGCCGAGAAGAACGAGAUCAUUCAGUCGAUUUCCUUCUGGGAUACGGCAUCGACACAACAACAACAUGAAGAUGGCAAGGAACUGAGUCAGAAAGAUUCCGUCAGUAAACUGGUUUCAUCUUUUCAUACCAAGGAUGAGGAGUUGGAGCGUGUUCGGUCGAGAACCACCACUGAAUCGAUGAAAGCACAGUAUCUACGUGAAAAAUGUGAAGUACUCUCACAUCUCGUCAGCUCAGAGAAAGAGAAUUGGGGUUUGGAGAUUGACAGACUGAGGAAAGAAGUACAUACAAAGGAGAAAGAUAUCUGUAGAUUACUUAUGGUUGCCGAAACACAGAAGAAAUCAUCAAUGGAAUUUAUUGAUCAGAUAACGAAAUUAAAAAGGUCUUUAUCAUCAAUUAGUCAGUUAAGAGGAAACAGUUGUCUUGUAGAUAUUCAUAGGGUGAAUGAAAGAUUCUCAUUUGAAUCACUGAGUAGCUCUCCGACACCAAGUAGUUUGGGAAGUAGCUACGGAAGUAAUCAUGGUAAUGGAAGUCAUCAACAUCAUCAUCACAAUUCGCUGACGAGUUCACCGCAUAGUAAGUCAUUCUCACCGGUUCAGACAUCACCCAAACAAGAUCCAUCGAGUAGCUCGUCGAUCGACAAGACGCUGACCGAAGAAAAGAAAGAGAUCAUCGCACUUCGAAAGCUGAAUGUAAAGAAGGACGAUGAAAUCAAGAGAAUCAAAGAGAUCAUUGAGUACGAGAUUAUGAAGACAAACUUUUUGUCAAACAAGGUCACCGAGUUGAAGACGAUGCUCGAAGAGGAAAGCAGACAGGUCGAUUCACUUCAACUGAAAUCCUACAAGGAAAUGAAGGAAAAGGAAGAAGCAAUACAAAAGGUUGCAAUGCGAGCACUCAAAGAGAGAAUGAAAGCAGAUCAAUUAAGAGAAGAGAUUAAGAGGUUAUCAAAAGAAUUAAAAGGAGAUGAUUAUAAAAAGAAAAACUACGAUGUCGUUGCAUUUACAGAGAUGGGAGAUCUCACACAAUUCCAAAACCUUUCACUUUCACCAUAUUGCAAUGAACAAACACAGGUUAAACCACAAAAACCAAAGUUAUCAAUCAAUAGUAGUAUAUUAAGCAAUGUAAAUAGUAACCAUUUUAAUCACAAUAAUAAUAAUAUACAUUUUAAUUACAAUAAUAAUAAUAAUAAUAAUAAUCAUAAUCAUAUUCAACAUAGUAAUGGCAAUAGUAGUAAUAAUCAUCAUCAUCAUAAUAAUCAUCAUAAUAAUAAUAUAAAUAUACCAACAUCACCUACACCUUUUAUCAAUGAACAACAACAAAGUCAUACUUCAUCAUCCAUUAAGAUACCACAUUCAUCUAUUGCCAGAAGAAAUUCAGUGACGUCGUCACCAGGAUCGGGAUUCGUUCACCAACAUAAUCGAUCGAAUUCAUCACAGAUCAUUAACAGCAUGAAUCAGAGUACAUCACAUGUAAUCGUUGGUUCACCAACGGAAAUCAUCAAUAUGAAGCUACAGGAGAUCGAGCGAAACUGUAAGGUUGCAAAUCAAAAGGAUGUAGAGUUGGCAAAGAUCAAGAAGAUUGCAGAGGCCGAACGUUCGAGGUUCACACUACUCAAAGAGAAGUUCCUUGAACUCAAAAACGAUAUCUCUGUGGAGAACGAUUAUGGUUGUGGCAAAUAUACCGCCAAAAUCUAUUAG